AUGGCGACAAACUCGAUCAAGCUGUUGACGGGCAACAGUCAUCCCGAGCUGGCUAAAGCAGUUGCUAAAAGACUCGGUAUUGAGCUCACAAAGAUUAUGGUACUGCAAUACUCGAACCAGGAAACGAGUGUCACAAUUGGUGAAUCCGUUCGUGACGAAGAUGUGUUCAUUCUCCAGUCAACCAGACCGAACGAUAUCAAUGAUGGCCUCAUGGAACUCCUCAUAAUCUGCAACGCUUGCAAAACUGCGUCUGCUCGAAGAGUCACGGCGAUCCUACCCAACUUCCCUUAUGCGCGACAAGAUAAGAAAGACAAAUCGCGAGCACCGAUCACCGCAAAACUAAUGGCAAACAUGUUGCAAACGGCCGGGUGCAACCAUGUUAUCACAAUGGAUCUGCAUGCGUCCCAGAUUCAAGGAUUCUUCAAUGUCCCAGUGGACAAUCUGUAUGCUGAACCAAACUCGGUCAAAUGGGUUCGAGAAAACCUGAUGCAUGCAACGGAAACCAACACAGAAAUCAACGGAGUGAAACAAGACUGUGUCAUUGUCAGUCCUGAUGCUGGCGGUGCGAAAAGAGCCACGUCCAUUGCGGACAAGCUGGAUUUACCAUUUGCCCUUAUACACAAGGAGCGAUCGCGACCCAACGAAGUCAGUCGAAUGACCCUUGUUGGCACAGUCGAGGGCAAGGUGGCCAUUCUUGUCGAUGAUAUGGCAGACACCUGUGGAACCUUGGCCAAGGCUGCAGACACUCUUAUCAAGCAUGGUGCCAAAGAUGUUGUUGCUCUUGUCACCCACGGGAUUCUAUCCGGUAAAGCGGUGGAGAUCCUCAAAGGUUCCUCUCUCUCCAGACUCGUGAUCACCAACACCGUUCCUGUGCCCGAGGAAAAGGUUGAGGCAUUGAGGGUUGAAGAAGGCCAAAAGGGGUGCAGAUUGGAAUUCAUCGAUGUUGCUCCCGUUUUAGCGGAAGCAAUCCGAAGAACACACAACGGCGAGAGCGUUAGCUAUCUGUUCAAUCACCCUGUGUCAUGA